AUGCUCACUAAAGGAACUACAGGAACAUUAAGAACAUCAGGAAUUAUGGGAAUAUUGGGAUUUACGGGAGCUGAAUUAUGGCAAGAAUUUGGAUUGUUAGCAUUCAUUAGUGCUGUGUAUACUAUUCCCGAGAAGAAAGCUCAUCAACAAAUGCGAGAGAAGAGAGUUAUAGUACUUGUCACCCCGUCGCUUCGUCCACUCCGGAGUGAACCGGAGUGGACGUUCACUCUGCGGAGUAGUGGAGUAUAG